AUGGAGCAUCAGACUGUUCUAGGCGUUACGUCGAGUAGUUUGUCGUACGGACGGGGUCGCGGAAACAACCUGCGUCACGUAGGUGUGUCCUCAACGCCGUCAGUGGAGGCCCCCGAGAGUACUAACACGACGUUGCAUUAUUCGACUGAUGUCGCCCAAGCAAGUGCAACAGACCCCAUUCUGCAUUCUGCGGGGUCGUACUAUGCCAACGUGAGAGAGAUCCCAUCAGCAUUACCUCCGUUCGUAAGUUUCAAUGAAGCUUCCGCUGCAGCCGUUCACGCCGAUACCAACGAUUUGUCGGUAUCAUCCUUCAGUGCAGCGAUCAAUGACCACCUUGCUAAUAAAGUUAGCGAAGUUUUGAAGUGGAAGAUAAUGAAGCCGUGGGAGUGGUCACAUCUCGGUGACCAGGCUGUGAGCUACCUGCAGCACUACAACACGAUUACCAAGGGCGACUCAGCGGGCCACGUUUCUCUCAUGAGCAAGAUAUACCCGUCCGUAUUCACCUUCGAUGGUUUUGGCGGUGGGGAGUCCGGACAUCAUGCCAAGGCGGUUGGCGACCCCGUUGCAGGCGUCCGUAUGGACACGCGGCGGCACAUGGGCGCUGUUUUGCAGAGGGGGGAGCUAUUCGACAACCUCAGGCACAUCAACAACUUCUUCAUGGCCGACGAGACCCGCCUGCCGGUCUAUAUCGCUGCGUUUGGAUCCGGUUUCUUUUCUGUGCUGAUUUGCCUCUGCGCCGCACUGUACGUCAAGUACCUCUUCUCGAAGGUGCGCCGAGCGAAGAGCGGCAGCCAGCAGAGCGACUCCGGCUCCACGCUGCCACUGCUCGACAAGCAGAUGAUUCUGGCCGCCCAGAAGAAGGAGAACCUGGCGGAGACCCGCGCUACGAACCCCAACUUGGCGCGCAUCGACGACUACAUUCGUGGCGAGGUCAAGCGGUGGGAGCGGCGCGUGCUCAUGGCCGAGGCCAAGGCGGCAUCUCCAACAAGCUUUCAGGAGAUCAUGCAGGAGUUGAAGUCCGAUGCGGAGAGCAGUGAUGGAGAGGAAGACAAUGGCGGCAGGUACAAGAAGAUGUCGCCGGCGGCCGCCAUCAACACCAACGUGGACAAACUAUUCCAGGGCAAUGCCCAGCUUGACAAGGCUCUGCACCAAGAUUCUGAUUCCGACGAGUACACGACCGACAGCAGCGGGUCCGACGUCAGCUCAUCCGAUGAUGAUUACGAUUCGAGUUCCGAUGAAUCCAGUGGGUCCGACAGCGACUCAUAG